GAAACCACUAAGAAUUAAUGAGCUUUUAGCUUUUCGGGCCUGGUGUGGUAGAGUCGAAAUCGGGCUUUACGAAACUUUAAUCACAAAAAGCUCUCGUCACAGAGUCGAAAUUCGUUUGUCGGAGUAUCGUCGGUUGCCCAGCAACAAACUUCUAACAUUAGGGUGCAGGGGCGGAGCCCUAAAACUUCGCACCAAUGAAACCUAAGUGUCGACGCGCAAUGCUCGAGAGUGUGUAAUGUAUCGUCUAAUGUCCCUGUAAUGUCUCAUAUUAUUAGGAUAAUACAUUUCAAAUCGUUUAGUCUAUCUGCCACUGAGCUGCCGUUAACUCCCAGUUAGAUAUUUGAUUAAUUGAUCUUUAACAAACAACUUUACGGGCCCCAAUUCACAGUGAAGUUUAAAUUUUAAAAUUAUUAUGAACUCUUUUUAAUAAAGUGAAUUAAUAAAACACAAAAUGCAUCACGCGGAUUUUCCUAAUACCAAAUUGGACGCAAAAAUUCAUCACGAAACAAAAGGUUCGUUUUGUAUAGACGCAUUGCUAUCUCGAAACGAAGAACGUGCCACAACCAGCCCCGAAAUAGCACGUAGCACCUCGUCCACAUCGACAAGAAGCCAAAGUCCUCCGAUAUCGCCGGGAUGUGAAGAAGUGAGUACGACGGCCUUCGUGCCGCGUCCAGGACUUUUGAACAAUUUAAAUCAAACGUCGUAUUUGGGUUCGAAUAAUUUGUAUACAUAUCAGGGGCAUCCGCAAGGGUCCGCGUUUCAUUCUCUCGAUGGAAAUUUGAUGCAAAAAGUACACAUUCCUGUGAAUCCUCAUAGUCAAUUUCAUCAGAUCCAGAUGGAAUGGUUGGCGAGGACGGGGAUGUUUUAUCCGAGAUUACAAGAUCUGACAGGCUGUAGUCCAGGUAGUCAUGCUUUACUAGGAAAAACUAGAAGACCGAGGACGGCGUUCACGUCCCAACAACUAUUAGAAUUAGAAAAGCAAUUUAGACAAAACAAAUACUUGUCGAGACCUAAGAGGUUUGAAGUAGCAACGAAUUUGAUGUUAACUGAAACACAAGUAAAGAUUUGGUUCCAGAAUAGGCGCAUGAAAUGGAAACGUAGCAAAAAGGCGCAGCAAGACGCGAAAUCCAGCAAAGAUCCCGAACUCGGGAGUAAAUCGUCAUCGAACAGUGAUACGCAUAAACCUAGUAGUUCGUCAAUAUCAAAUUCCGAAUGUUCUGAGUCCUUAUUACAACAUAACGGAUCAGAAACUAAGAAUCGAUUAUCGGACGAGGAACUUUUGUAUCGACCAUAUGUCGGAUGAACUAGUGACUAAAAUAUGUGAUUUUUGUUUCCGAUUUAUUUAUUUUUGUUUUCAUACAGAGUGACAGGGGACUAAUUUUAAAAUUUAAAACUAGUAUUUUAGUGCUUUUAGAAAUCACCCUGUAUGUAUUGUCAAAUAAUUUUGCUCAAAACCAAUUCAUACUGUAAAAAAAUCUGACAAUCACUUG